AUGGGACAGCAAAUUUCGCGGAAUAACAGCUCUCCCGACCGCGAUUCGGACGCCCACACCACCCGAUCCAGCGCAUCCCAGAAGUCUGGCUUCCUGCAUUCCACAGCUGUUUCGUCCCCACGCAAAUGGCGCAAAUUGACAGGGUUGCUGAGACGAAGGCGGACCCCUGAAACACUAUCUGAGCCGACGCGAAUGGUGAGCAGAAGCCUUCUGUCGCCGGCCCAGUCGUCUGUGGACGCGCUGCGCAGCGUUUCGUCCAACAUCAACGCGUCCAGCGGGUCGGUGGCCGAGUCGCGGGACGAGCCAGAACAGAACGAGUUACUCACGUCUCAAUUUAGAUCACUGUCGAGUUUGCUUGAAACCGUCACCAUGAGCACUCUGAGACGUCUCAUAAACGUCAACGUCGACUACGUGGGCGAAAGAAUAUAUCCGGAGGACAAUCUGGACGGAAGCAUGGACACCGACUUUGCCAGCUUCGUUCAUAGCCUGACCAGCGAGGACCUUUUGCAGCAUGCGCUGGGAAACCAGAUGGAGCUCGGCCGCACUUUGAGUUUCUUCAGGGCGUUCAGUAGGAGUGGUAGGCCUCAAUGUUCCGCAAGCGCAGUCGGAGCACUAUCGAUCGUGGGUGAUCAUCGUGAUGGCACACCAUUACUCUGCCUCAGACCCGGUUCUCAGCUCCAUGGCCAUAUUCAUAGGCCUUCUGGCCAGCUAUGUGGCCAGCACCAGCAACAUGACGCUGGCGCAGCACGAUGA